CAAGACUCCGCUUCGUGUAUUGGCGUCCACAUCAUCAUGUUAGUAUGAUUAUAACCUUCGCUCUUCUCCGUAUAACGACCAGGAGAGCUUGCGGAUUGUGUGCUUAGGCUGGACUGCGGAGGAACUGGGUCAGCGAACUUCCUGGAGCAGCUAGGCAAUCUUCGCGCACCUAGAAUGGAAAAGGAUAUUGAGUUGACGGACCUUCUCAAUACCGAAGACAAUCAGGAACUAUUUGAAAACGGUCCAUCUCUACACCAUGGAAAGGUUCCGUUGGAGACAGUUUUUUUUGCUCGACGACUUCUUUACGUCUCUCAUUUUUUUGCUCAGUUCGCCGAGAUUGCCUGGCAAUUUUGCUUGACUCUGUUCCUCUCAGCGUGUACGCAUUAUCAAUCCCUCAUUCUGGUAUCGACCUACGGCCUCUCGUUGGGGUUGGCGGUUUGUUUUGGUGGAUCGAAAAUUGGAAGGUUCAUCGAUCAAACAGAUCGACUUUAUGCUGCUCGAGUGUUCAUUUGGUCGGGGAAUCUUUCCGUUGUUGCGGCUACUGCGUUUUCUUUCAUUCUGCUUUCCCAAAGCGACGAGCUUGGCCCUACAGAACAAAUAAAUCAGGACGAAAUCUUGGAGAAUUCAUCGUGGUUGAAGAGGAGAUUCAAUGGCGUUCCUCUGAAUUGGUCUUCUGUGCUUGCAUUAAUUGGUAUACACGUAUUCGGAUCAGCCGCACAAGUUUUAGCACAAGGAUUCCUUGUAGCUGUGGAGCGGGAUUGGGCUGUCGUAUUAAGCCGAAGCGCUGCCGAAAGUUUAAGCGCCAACGAACCAAACAGGGAUGACGUCGGGCAUUCUUUCUCCAUAUGGCUGUCGGAUACAAACGUUGCUAUGAAACAAAUUGAUCUUGGCUGUAAGGUUGCCGCCCCCGCAGCAGCAGGCUUGCUUAUUCCUUUUUUCUCAGGGGAAGCUACACCAUCCCCACACGCGCUUCGGUGGGUCUGUAUCCUCAUUGGUAUUUUCAACACUGCAGCAUUGGUAGUGGAGUACGUCUGUACAGCACGAAUUCAUCAAUUGCUUCCGGCGUUGGCGAACAAAGAGGCCGGUUUGGAAAACGCGUGGCAAAAUGAUAGCUGUAUAGGCAUGGAAUCAAGAAUGGAAAACAAGAGUAUGCAGAGAAGCCCGAGUGCACUCCGCCGACUUUCUUCUGAACUGGGGAUCUACUUUGAAGAGCGACCCGUAUGUUGGGCAGGGCUGGGAUUGGCUUUAUUAUAUCUUAACGCCUUGACGUUUGGAAACGGGAUCAUGACAGCUUAUCUGCUCUACCGAGGAAUGGAUCUGAGCAGCGUAGGAGCGUUGCGUGGUGUUGCUUCCGCCAUUGGCCUCUGCGGAACGUUUGUCUAUCACUUGUCGGCCAGCCGCUUAAGCCUCGAAGCGACCGGGAUGUGGAGUAUUUCGUACCAGUUGACUUGUCUUGUCUUGUGUAUACUUUCGCUCCUAACUUCGGUAAAAAGAUGGGCUUUCAUUCUCUUGGUAGGCGGCGUGUGCCUGAGUCGCAUCGGUUUGUGGGUGUUCGAUAUUGCAGUCACGCAAAUGCAACAAGAGCAAGUUCCGAACGACCGACGAGGUGUAGUGGGUGGUGUUCAGCAGUCUCUAAAUGCAGGUUUCGGGCUUUUGAUCUUUGUUUUGGGUUUCUUCUUUCCUCAUCCUCGGGACUUUUUUGUGUUUGUGUCAACUGGCUUUGCGAGUGUUGCUUUAGCGACGCUACUUUUCGCGUUCGCCGUUUAUAGAGUUAAUAAAUGAGACAUGUACUGAUAGUGAGAGUCAGAUGUAUUUGCC